GUUGUUGGGGUACGUGGUAACAGAACGACUGGAUUGUCUUAGGGGCUGUAAAAGUCUGAUAAAAAAGGAAGCUAAGUAUCUGCCAGUGGUUGGUUGGAAGAUGUGGUUUAGUGAUUACUUGUUCUUGUCAAGAAAUUGGGUGAAAGAUGAGGAUACCAUCAGGAACACAUGCCAAACUUGGGCCAGCUACGAUCCUCACAUCAACAACAACUUCUACGUAUUGUACGCUGAAGGAACACGCUUCACACUCGCUAAACACGAGGCUUCCAUCAAGUUCUGUGAACAACGCAGCAUUGAACCCUUCCGGAAUGUACUUUAUCCCCGUACCAAGGGGGCCGUUGAGGUUAUUUCUCGGCUUGGGGAAUCAUUGGAUUGUGUAUACGAUGUGGUGUUUGCGUUCCCCGGCCCUGACAUCCCCGGUACCUGGAGCAUGUUAUCGGGAAAGAGCACAAAUGUGGACGUGUAUUUCAGACGAAUCGCGGCUGGAGAUGUACCGAAGGACGAUAAAAAUGCCCUAGCUGAAUUUAUAGUGCAGCAAUUCCGAAAUAAGGACGAGUUACUUGACUUCCACAAGGAGCACCACAGUUUCCCUGGCAACCAGGUUGUCUUACCCAAACGAUACGUUUCCCUGGUUAUGUUCUACAUGUUUAGUUUCCUGACCGUUACUCCGGGUGUGUUUUUCCUCUGCCAUCUCGUCACAAACCAGUGUUAUAACAUGUUGCUUUUCAUCGGCUUCUGCUGCAUUCUCGGCGGAGUAACGUCGCACUGGAUUAUCAGUGUAGCAAAUGUAAAACAGGGAACAAAAUCUCUCUCAAGUACUAGUGCAGAAAAGCUGAAGGGAGCAUAAAUAAACGUUGAGUAACCUAUCAAGAUUAUUGGCUAAAGCUCAGCCAUUUUUAAAACUUUGUCCAAAAGGACAGUAGGCUGUAUUUUUAAUUUAAUUUAUGUACAUGCAGAUGAUUUUGAAAUUUGGACGGAAGUUUUGAUCAUAAAAUUGUUGAAUGUAAAUGUAAUGUGAUUCAAGUUGUACUAAAUUAUUUUAGGUUCGUAAAUAAUUUAUACGGUUUUGGUAAUGUUUCAGAAAUCCAGUUUUAUUACACUAGCUGCUUUGCAUUGGCAAAUGCGGUCAAUUUAA